GGAACCUGAUUUAGAGGACUUCCUCAACAACCUUUACAAUCACUCUGGUGGAAAUGGGAGUGGAGAUGGUCCUGGAGUCAGGAGCGACCAAACAAGGCAUCGGCGUAAAGGUAAACGUAAGAAGUAGAUAUGUCAGCAGGUACACGAAACUGCCAGAAGGUAGUUAUUUUUUGGAUUAUUUUUCUGCAUUGACAAGGGAUUUAAUUUUUUGAUUUUUUCCUGCGAGUUUAUUCUUUUAUAUGUGUAUUUACUUUAGAACAAAGCGAAGUUCCUUCAUUUGUUUUUGUUUGUGUUUUUUUAAAUAAUUUUUUUCUGCUUUCAUUUAAUGAAUGCAUGCAUGUGUAAAUUGGCAUAGGCUCUGUUUGACUUAGCAGUGAAAAGUUUUUCAUCUGGCUGUGCAAUGAAGUGAUUUUAUUUAAUUAGUGAUGUAGUGUGCAUCUCUGGAUUCCAUGUGCUCCAGAAUUGCUACGUUGAACAAAAAGAACAAAAAAUCAUAUUUGUGUAGAUACCAAAAAAUUGGUAUUUUUGUCUGUCAUGAAAAUGAAUCUACUUGUUCUUUAGCUUGGUAGGAUUUGAUUUGAUCAGUGUGUGUAGUUGGUACAAUACGAUUAAAGAGAAUCGGUCAAUAAAUGUAAGACUGAAGUAAGAUUAUAUGUAUGUAUUUUUCAAAUCAAAACUUUUAUUACGGAAGUAUUAUGCGUAUUGGCCUUGGGUUGUAGCUAAAUUCAUUGAACACUUAACAAGGAGUCUCAACCUUUCUUUGUUUCCACAGUCAUCUUCAGAACAGGGUGUUCAGUGAUUCGAAUGUACUAUGUAUUCACUUAGUGUGUGUUGUAAUCAACCUUGUGUGUCUAUUGUGGUAAAAGAGUAAAAUACAUGAAGGAUAUACUGACAAAUGUGAAUAGACAGAUUUGCCUAACUAACCCCCUAACAGAUUCAUUAUUAUUUUUUGCAUCAGUUCUCUUUGUACUGUAGAUGAUAACAUUAUUCAGUAUUUCUUCAAAUGUGUCAAAUUCUACCAAGCAGCUUUAUAUUAUGUGGUUUUGAAACAAAAUUCUGGUUUAUUUAUUCUUUCAACUUAAUUAUAAAACAACUUCAUCUGGGUCUUUUCUGUGACAUAAUUCUGGCAGACUUAUAAGUAUUUGAAAAUUUAUUGAUUAAUGAAAAUGAUGUGAACAGUUGAGUUGCAUAAAAUAAUGAAACUGUCACUACAUUUUAAUAUUCAUUUGACUUGUAAAUAUGUUUAUACUUCUGAUUCAGAAUGAUUAAAGUUUCAUGUUGUUUUACAUGCCAUGAAAAUAUUUUCUUAUCAUAAAAAAUUCUACAUCAGGAAUUGUGUAUACUGGUUGUAAUUUCACAUCAAUUUCAUUGUUUUUAUCUGCCUGUAACUGACUUAUUCUGUAGAUUAAUUGUUUUAUAAAAGAGCUUGUGGGUAUGUAUGUAUUCUGCAGUGUAAGGAGGAUUCACUCACUCUGCGAGAUAGAAUUUUUUUUAAAUUUGCUGUUUCCAUUGCUUGCUGAGGGACAAAUUUAGUAAUGUGUUAGCAGGACUGCUCUGAGGGGAACAGGAAGAGUAUUGUGGAAAAGUAUGUAUUAAGGUAUCGUUUGGAUGAAACCAUGAAUAAACCAGAAAAGAAAUGUCCUUUGAAUGAAAUAAUCAAUGGGGUAGGCUAAAAGUGUUUGCGGAGCUUUGGAAUUUUCUGGAAGGAUAUAGGAAAUGUUGAAUAUAAAGAAUUGUCUUGGAAAAGUUACUCUGCAUAGUAAAUACAAAGGUUAUUGUUGAUUGUGCAGAUUUAUAGAUGUAAUUUAACAGGGAAAGAAGCAGCUCUGUUUAAUACAUUUUUAAUCUAGAAUUUAUUGAGUGUUUCAUAACAGAAUUCAUUUUUGGAGUGCUGAUUCUUGCGGGUAGUAAAGUAAUUGUUUUUCACCACAUUGGCCUCUUGAACUCUUCCACUCUCCUUUGAUCAGUGCUGUUUAGGGACCAGUUGUAUGGUUACAAGUUGACAUGCUCAAUGGAAACAGUGUUCUUCGUAAACUCCUUGUCGAUCAAGGCACACAAAUAAGUGAACUUACUGAUGCUUUUGUUACAGAAUGUAAUACUAAAAUUACUGAAGAAAUGAGUUUGGUUUUUAAAGGCAUUUUGAAUGAAUUUGAGGCUAAGAUACUUCAAAAAUAUAGGCAACUGAGUAUGUUAAGAUAUUCUCGCCUGUUCCUUUGUUGUCGAAGGACCCUGAUAAUUGUGAUGUUAAGCAGUAAAUGCUUUUUGUAAGUCUUCUGAGGUUGUUGCAUUUGAAUUUAGCUGCCCCUAUGUGCACCUAAUUAAGAAAUUGUAACCUGCUACAAAAAUAAAGCACUGCAACUUAUAUUUUGAAGUUUUUUUUACAACUGUAUAUUCUUACAUGAAUAAUGUAAUCUUGUGCAGCUUUUUUCUUGCACUUCAUGAUAAACUCCAGAUAUAAGUGUAAGUACACUGGCAACAGAAAGAAAACUUCAAUUUGUCUGUUCUUGCUGAUUGUAAAAUAUGUUUGUCGGUGUAACUCCUUGAUCUAGAAUUGACAGUAAAAUAACUGAUGACUAGGGCUUGGAUUUUUAUGCAAUACAAAUUGCCAAAAUAUGCAUUAAAAAAUUACUACUUUGGGCUGACAAAAACUAAUAAAAAGUUUCUCAGAAUAAGGUAACAAACUCCUAGGGCAGGAAGGAUGUUCUAGAUGAUCACUUCUUGCCAAUGAAUAUGUGAUGGGAAAUCUCAUAUAACAAAGUUGGCAGGCAACACAAUGUGGACUGGUGUUUGGCAGACACGAUACCCGCAGGUGGGAUCGUGUCUGUGUUGGUGAACAUAAUCUGUGGUAAAGAGUUGUAGACAAUCACCCGGACUCUCUCAGCAGUUUGUCAGCAUAGUAUCGUUAUCUUGAAAGUGCAGGCAGUGAGUAGGUAAUGCUAAACUCCUGUUCUUCUGACUUGGUGCCCACCAGUUGGGUCUAUGGCACACAGACUUUGAGGUGGGAUCGGGUGAAGUGGUUUUCCCUGGAAUCCUCUUUACAGUCCGACAGGGAACAACACCACCCAUCAGGUCACCUCUGUUUAGUGGAACUCACGUCAGCAGUCUACUGCGUAGGUAGUGAGUAGACGGGAUGAAGGCUCCGAUCUGCUCGAAGUUUAGUG